UUCAUCCUCAACUUCAGCUCCUUUUAAAGGUUCUAUCAAAAAUUGGGGGGUGAAAAGUAAUUUGAGGUGAUGGUGAUGGUGAGGAGGAAGUUGCCAUUUGUUAUAGUGAGGGGGAAGUUGCCAUUUGAAGUUUCGGUACCAAAAUGUAUUGGGCUGGGCCUGUGACUUUAACAGACAGCUUAGGGACACAAAGAAGGGCAAAACUCCCAUGAGACCAAGCCAGCAGUACUAGUGGUCAAGGUUGAUGAGAGUUGCAGGCCCAAAACAUCCUGAACGUGCAACUUGGGCUACCCCUGGCAUAAUGCAAAUAGGGCAAAGGAAGAGUUAUGCUUAUUUCCAUGCUGCUUGGAAAAAAGUCCAGAGCAAAGGCUGAGCCCAAGAAAUCAUUCCACCGCGAUUCAAAUGGAAAGGUCAAUCAACACAAUGCAGUCGCAGUGGCCUAGCAUGGAGGGGGGCGCAUGGCCACGGGCACAUUUUUGGAGGGGUCGCAACAAGGUGCCCCCACGACCGGAUCCCUCAAUGAGGGAAGCAUUGCCCAGCUUUCAGGGUUGGAAGGGGAGCAGGGCUGGCAUCCGGCACUUCCCCACCUGGCUGACUGGAAGGGUGUCCUGGGUCUUGCUCAUUUCUCCCUUCUUUCCUGCAAUGGAAGAGCGACAUGAGAAUGCAAGAGGCAGGCCGCUUCCAAUCAGCCUAAUCCAGUUGAGAAGGGCGCCCGCCUCUCCAUCGGCGUCCUCAUGGUGCCCUCCAAGCCCUGGGCACUGGGAAGGCACGCUCUGCCGCUGUGCAUUCAAUACUGUUGCUGUAAGUAAUGUGCCAAAGUAAAAUGCUCUUAAGUGAAUCCAGACUUUGCCUAUGUUGGAUAUGAAUUUGGCAUAUGAUAAAUGACUCUGUUUUAUUGGGAAAAUAGUAAUGAGAAUUAAAACAACAAAUGCUGAAAUGAAUCCCACCUGGUCUGCAUUUGAUUGCACAUCUGAAAGUGGUUUGGUCUGGCUUGGAGCCCAGCUCCAUAGUUCAAAACAUCACUGGACGCGGGGAAGGAUGCAAGAAUUUGUUAUUCUAUAUUUCCUGGAUCCUGCACUACUUUAUAGUACAGAAUAAAUUGUUAACGGCCAAAAUAAUUUGCUUCCAUCCUUGGUUUUCAUCAUUGCUCCACCUACUUGCCCUCAGUGUGGCCUUAUUUCAGUUGCUGAGUUUUAGACUUUAAAAGUAAUGGGUACGAUCCACCAGGAUGUGUCUCCCCCCCCCUUUCAUUUCAAUGGAGCUUGUGCAAAAGAGCAUCCCAGUGAACAAAGCCCAAGAUGGAGACAGUUCUGGACAUUUUGGACCAAGCCUGAGGCAUAAAAUACAAAUGGUGGUUAGUAUAUAAUAAUAAAUUUAAAAAUGAACACUUAGCUGCUUUUUAACUUGGCUCCAAAAUCUGCUGAGGUAGGUUGUCUUGCUCUGCCUAAUGGUAAGUGAAGCUUGUCAGGCAGCAGGAAUAAAAUUAAAAGACCCAAAAAAGAAAACAACAGAACACCACUAGUAAUCACAUACAGCUCCCAAGCUAAAGCAGUACAGCACAUCAUCAGAGAUCUACAACCUCUCCUAGACAAUGACAGUUCUCUUUCUCAAGCUCUGGGAGGGAGGCCUUUCAUUGCCUACAGACAGCCACCCAAUCUUAAACAACAACUUACCCACAAUAAUACCACCACCAGACUUAACAUGGACGCUGGUACCAGAGCCUGCAAUAAACCCAGAUGCCAACUUUGCUGCCACAUACACUCGGACAACACCAUUACUGGCCCCAACAACAUCAAACAUACUAUCUCAGGGCUAUUUAAUUGCUCAUCUUCUAGCAUGGUGUAUGCCAUCAACGGUGCCCUUCAGCUCUUUAUAUUGGACAAACAGGCCAAACCCUACGCCAAAGGAUAAAUGGACAUAAAUCUGACAUCAGGAAUCACAAGACAGAGAAACCAGUAGGAGAACACUUCACUCUCCCAGGACAUUCUAUACAAGAUCUCAAAGUAGCUGUUUUAUUACAGAAAAAAUUCAGAAACGGACUGGAAAGAGAAGUUGCUGAAUUGCAACUCAUUACCAAGCUUAAAACCAUGGAGAGACCUGGUCUGAAUAAGGACAUUGGAUUCUUAUCUCAUUAUACAUGAUAAAGCUUUCUUUAGCACCUCACCACUUGUUUUUUUCCUGUUUCAGUGUAUCUGAAGAAGUGUGCAUGCACACGAAAGCUCAUAUCUAUGACAAACUUAGUUGGUUUCUAAGGUGCUACUGGAAGGAUUUUUUUUUAAUUUAUUUUUUACUACGUCAGACCAACACGGCUACCUACCUGUAAGGAAUAAAAUGUGUAUAUACUCCAUUCUUCCAACCUCUAGACAUUGUUGGAUGACAACCUCUAUAAUCCCUGACCUGCUUUCUAAUGAGACUUGGAGCCUAACAGCAACUGGAGGGCCACAGGCUCCCCUCCCCUGCUUUAAAUCACUUUUAAUGAUGGCUUAAUAAUAGCUGUCACUCCAGCUGUAACCCUCCAACAUUUCUCAGAUGAAAAUAGAGACGUCCUACCAUACCCUCCAAUGAAAAUAGGGAUGUCCUAAGGAAAAGCGGGACAUUCCAGGAUCAAAUCAGAAACCGGUAUGGCUUCUGUAAAUCCAGGACUGCCCCUGGAAAAUAGGGACACUUGGAGGGUCUGAGCCUAAUCUGCUUUACGGGGUUGUGAGGGUAAAAGGUGGAUGAAGAAUUGAUCGGUUGAAUUCCCAUAGCACCAUCCACACCUACAUUUGCAGGGUGGGGGAAGCAUUCUGUAACAUUCUAAAAAGUUUCAGUUAAAAAUAAAAUUAAAAAAUUCCUUCCAGUAGCACCUUAGAGACCAAAUAAGUUUGCCAUUGGUAUGAGCUUUCGUGUGCAUUCACACUUCUUCAGAUACACUGAAACAGAAGUCACCAGACCCUUAUAUAUAGGGAGAGGGUGAGGAGGAGUAUUACUCAGAAGGGUGGUGGGAAUGGGUGGUUGACUGAUAGGUGUGGUAAACCUGUUGACGUCCCCAUGGUCCAGAGAGCAUGCCAGGCACUCCUGCCUUCCACUGCCUCCCAGUUUGGUCAGACUCCUGUUUGUAGCUUUGAGAACUGUUAACUACUGCAAUUGGUAUUACAGGAAAAAGCAAGGGGUGAGGUGGCUAAAAAUAGCUUUAUCAUGUAUAAUGAGAUAAAAAUCCAAUGUCUAUUCAGACCAGGUAUCUCCAUGGUUUUAAGUUUGGUAAUAAGUUGCAAUUCAGCAACUUCUCUUUCCAGUCUAUUUCUGAAAUUCUUUUGUAAUAAGAGCUACUUUGAGAUCUUGUAUAGAAUGUCCUGGGAAACUGAAGUGUUCUCCUACUAGUUACAAAUAAAAAUCAGACAUGAUUUCAAAGCAUUAAUCCAACUAGAUUUUUAAACAUUAACCAAACAAUAAGCCUGGGUGCCGCCGAAAGAAAGAAAGAAAGAAAGAAAGAAAGAAAGAAAGAAAGAAAGAAAGAAAGAAAGAGAAAGAAAGAAAGAAAAGUCACUGAUGAAUACAGAGGGGGUGGGCUGGCUGUUUGGCACAAUGAGAAUCAAAUGUGACUCCGCAGGGAUGAAAACAAGCCCCGCAAGACUCCGCUCGAUGCGCUCGAUGGGCUCCUGCGCUGUCUGAUUGCGGGCGCCUACCUAGAAGCGGACGGCUCCGCUCGAUGCCCUCUGGGGGCUCCUGCUCCUGCCUGGCGCAUCUCCUAGCGACGCGGGCCUAGGCCUGAGACAGGAGGGAGUCGGGCGAGCGAGACAGCUCUUGGGCGGCCAUGCUGCGAGGGCUGGCGGCAGCGCGGAGGGUCCUGCUACCCGUGAGGCGCCCGGGGAGCGGCGGCCAUGGGGCGCGAUGGAGUCCGCCCUCUCGCGGGAGCCGCUGGCGGCUGGGCGUGGGGCUCGGGCUGGCCCUGACGGCGGCGGCGGCGGUGGCGGCGGCGGGGAACGAGGAAGAGCGGGAGGGCCCUCCGCCCGAUAAGGGCUUCGCCCGGGCCGUGGCCAGCAGCAGGGACCUUCUCCAGCGGCUGAAGGAUGAAGUGGGAGCUCCUGGAAUAGUAGCUGGAGUUUCUGUAGAUGGCAAAGAAAUUUGGUUAGAAGGAAUGGGUUAUGCUGACGUGGAGAACCGUGUGCUCUGCAAGCCAGAGACCGUCCUGCGAAUUGCAAGCAUUAGCAAACCUCUGACUAUGGUUGCUGUUGCAAAGUUGUGGGAGGAAGGAAAGCUGGAUUUAGAUGCUCCAGUGCAGAAGUAUGUUCCAGAAUUUCCUGAAAAAGAAUAUGAAGGUGAAAAGGUCACCAUUACAACAAGACUGCUCACUUCACAGUUAAGUGGGAUUCGCCAUUAUGAGAAAGAUAUUGCCAAAGUAAAGGAAGAGAAGGAAAAGGCCAACAGAACCCUGAAGGCUGCAAAAGAUAUCACAACAUCCGACAGAGAGAAAGAAGACAAAGUCUCUGAAAAGGCUGACUUUGCUAAAGCCAAGCCGGAACACGGAGGCAAACAUUCCAAAAGUGAAAAGAAAAAAGCAGAGUUUGAACAUCAAGAAUAUUAUUUGAAAGAAAAAUUUGAUAAUGUGAUUGAUUCCCUGAACUUAUUUAAAAACGAUCCUUUGUUCUUUAAACCAGGUAGCCAGUUUUUGUAUUCAACUCAUGGAUUUACUCUUCUGAGUGCUGUUGUAGAGAGAGCCUCGGGUCAGAAAUUCACAGACUACAUGCUGAAAAUAUUUAGUGACCUGGAUAUGUUGGCAACAGGACUGGAUGAGAAUGAGCCCCUUAUAUACAACAGAGCGAGGAACUACAUUCACAACAAAAAAGGCCGCCUGGUCAAUGCACCCUAUGUGGACAACUCCUACAAGUGGGCUGGCGGUGGCUUCCUCUCCACAGUGAGCGACCUCCUUAAAUUUGGCAACGCUAUGCUGUAUGGCUAUCAACUUGGACAGCUGGAAAACCUCGCUGCUGGACUCCUUCCUGGCUAUCUCAAACCUGGCACCGUAGCAAUGAUGUGGAGGGCAGCUCCAAACGCAAAAGCGUCUGGGGACAAAGAUGUUAAAUAUGGGAUGGCGUGGUUUGUGGUGGAGGAUAAACAGGAAUAUGGCUUCUGCAGGCGGCAGCGACGCUAUGCCUUCCACACGGGUGGGGCAGUGGGUGCAAGCAGCAUCCUGCUUAUUCUCCCUGAAGAGCCAGACUCUGAAGCUUCAAACAGUGACCCACUGGUGCCACCCAAGGGUGUGGUGGUCACAAUUAUUUGUAAUAUGCAGUCCGUUUCCCUUAACAGCACUGCCUUAAAGAUUGCAAUGGAAUUUGAACAGGAUAAGUUGGCACAGCACACUGUUAAAAGCAGCUUCUUACAGGAUUAAUCAAGCUAUAUAUACUGACGUGUCUGUGGCACUGAAAGCAGCAUAUUGCAAAGCCAUGUCCCCAUUCUAUGUUGGUUGUGCUGCAUUCAAACUCGCUACUCAGGGAAGCGGCCAUGUGGGUCAAGCAAACCCUCGUUAAAGGUAUUUCUCGGGUGUAAGUUGCCAAAAGUGUGAGCAGUGGUAACUUUUGCCACCUAAAGCCAAAUCUAGUUGCCAAUCACAUCAUUUCACUUCUUCAUUCUCUGAUCCUUAUUGAGAAAUUGACUUUUAACUUUCACUGUUGCAUUUGAAAGAUUGACAGGAGUAGGGCUGGGCGAUGCCAGCUUUUCAACAUUGUGAUAUACCAGCCAAACAUCCCGAUCUGACGAUACACCUAUGAUGUUGAAACAGAGGGAGGAACAAGGAGCCGAGGCCAAUGCAGCUUGUUCUUCUUGCCAGACACUGGGGAUGGAGGGAGUCAGCCAGACGGUGGUAGCCAAGUGCAGAGUCUGUCAGGAUCCGUGCGUUUGCCUGCCUUUGCCUUCGCCCUAGCGAGUAGUCACACUGUGUCUUUCCUCCCAGGGUGAAAGACCACUCCAGGAGGAAAGACACACCCCACCCUCCUGGGGGAAGGCAGCCAGGCCGUAGCCAAGCGCACAGAGCCUGUCAGACUCCUUGCAUUUGUCUGCCUUCCCCACCACCCCAGCGAGUGUGCCGAGUCUUUGGGUGACCGACCACCCCUGGAGGAAAGAUGCAGCUCACCCUCCCAGACGAAGGCAGCCAGGUGACAGUAGCCAGGCGCCCAGAGCCUGUGAGGCUCCAUUCACAAGGCUGCCUCUGCCUUCAGCCAGAGCACAGUGGCAGUUUCACCCAGCGGUAUAUUGCAAGUGAAACCACCGCUGCUCCCGAGUCGCUCCGCCUCCAGCACCUGGCUGCAGCUUGUUUCUCCCUCGGCACGCUGGGCACUGGUGGCAGGGGGACUUGGGAGCGGCAGAAUAUACUACCUGAUGAAACUGCUAUUGCAGCCUGGCCCUCAUAUUGGCCCUGGGCGAUGUAUUGAUACAUCACCUAGGCCUUGACAGGAGUGGUGAAAACCCAGGGGAUGACUGCCACAGGCACCGCUUGACUCAAGAACAGUUGUGCCAUGACAGUAGGAGAGCAACAGAGGUCCAUUAAUCAUGCAGGGUUUUUGGUUCUGCUAUGCCUGCUUGUGGGUGCCAGCUCUCAAUAACGGACAGAGAAAGGCAGCAGGGACUGAGCUAAGAGCAACAAUUCCCACCAGCCCCUUAGGGACAGUCAAAGGACAAGGGUGAGCUAACCUUCCCCUUCUAACUGGGACAGUUAGCAGGGCUCAACCCUCCACUUCAGUAACAUUGCUACAAAAUACAGAAAGGUACUAAAUCGUGCAGUUACGGUGGAACUGAGUUUACAAGAGACUCAGUUUUAUUGUCAGGUGCUGCUGGUAUUUUGCUUUUAAGAGUUUAAGAACUUGCCCACCCAGUAAUAUUUUCCUAGACUUGAAGGUAGUUGGGGUGGGGUGGAAUUUUGAUGUCAUGUUUGCCUCACAAUAGCAGAAUUGUAGUUUGUUUCGGUUAUGCAAGGUCACAAUAGGCUGCCAAUGUUGCUCCCUGCAACACUUUACUGCGUGUAGUAUUUGUGAAGAGUAAGAAACAGCCAUUUGAAAGCUUUAAGAGAAGUUUACAUCUAUUUAAGCUUCACUCCUAUGUGCAUCUACUUGGGAGUAAGCCCUGUUGACUAAAUGAGGACUUGCUCCCUAGUGAAUAUGCAUAGAUUGAGGCUGAAUCCGACAUUUUUUCUUUUUACUUGCUCUUCUCUAGAAAGCAUAUCCAAGAUGGCCCAUUGUUGUUGUUUUAUUAGC